AUGGCAGCUCAAAAAAUCAACACAGAAGAAGCCCUUCGCCAGGUCAUCCAUACUACCCCCAUCAUCGACCAUCACGCCCACCCUCUUCUCAAGCUGAGUGCUAUAAGAAAACACCCUCUUCUCUCCAUCGCUACUGAGGCCAAUGGAGGCGCCAUUGAAGACUCAAAGACAAGUCUGGCACAUCUUCGUACUGUUAAAAUCCUCUCUGGUCAUCUGGGCACUGAGCCGACCUGGGACGCAGUGGAGGCUGCCGUUGCCAGAAAGCAAAAGGGCAACUAUGAUGAGUGGAUUCGAACAUGCCUCUCAAGUAUCGAAAACAUCUUGGUAGAUGAUCUUCUGGGUGAUCCGGCUGAUGUAGAGCCAUAUCACACGCUUAAUGCGUAUACACGGAGCCCCAACAAGCGUAUCCUCCGAAUGGAAGAGGUUGCAGCAGGCUGUAUCGAGAAGGCCUGCGGGAACUUCUCACACCAUUCCGAGGCAUUCUCAGGAUCUGUUCAGAGCUUCAUGGAUGCCAUCUACGAUGCUCUCGAUGACCCCGAGAUCGUUGGCUUCAAGUCUGUUAUUUGCUAUCGGACGGGUCUUGAUGUCGUCCGGAUUACCGACCUUGAAGUCAUUAUGCAAAGGUUCCGGGUCAUUUUCGAUGAAAGAAAAGAAGACGGAGCGGAACCAUUCGAGAGACUCAACCAUGAGCUUCUCAACGACUACUUCCUUCACAUCCUGGCUGGCUUGAUCCAGAACAGCGAGGACGACCACAAGAAACCUAUCCAGUUUCAUACUGGUCUAGGCGACAACGACAUUACUCUGUCCAAGUCAUCACCCGCCCAUCUCCAGGAGUUCAUCAAGACGUACCCCGAUGUGCCAAUCGUUCUGCUCCACGCUAGUUAUCCUUUCACUCGUGAACUAGGAUACUUGGCAACUGUUUACAGCAACGUUUAUGCUGAUAUUGGGGAGGUGUUUCCCUUCAUAAGUCGGGAGGGACAAGAGGGUGUUGUCCGGCAGAUUCUGGAACUCUGUCCAGUAUCGAAGAUUCUCUGGAGCACCGACGGACACUUUUUCCCAGAGACGUAUAUUAUCGCCGUGGAACAACUCCGCCAAGUAUUGCAGACCGUCCUUGUGGAUUACGUCCACAAGGGAGACUUGACUUGGAUACAGGCAGCCCAACUUGUCCAGGACAUUCUGUUCAAUAACGCGAACAAGCUCUAUGACCUUCGCCUGGAGUUCAAGCCCCUGCCUAUAGACUCUAGUCUUGGACUAGAGUCUUCUGAACACAACAACAUUGCAACAUUAUCUCGUUUCCUCAAGAAUAAAGAAGAGCCGAGGUUCUUGAGGGUGACCUGGACCGAUUUUACUGCCAUGCCGCGAUUGAGAGCAAUCCCCAUGCGCCGUGUGUGGUCUAUACUCCGAAAUGGGGAGGACUUUACACUUGGCGUAACAAAAGCUGGUCUCGGGCUAGAUCAGAAAGAUAUACCGGUGCAUGGUAUCACUCCCACAGGAGAGUACAAGUUGCAUCCUGAUUUGAGCAGCCUUCGUGUUGGUCCUCGAAAGGGGCAUAUCACCGCCAUGGGCGACUUUAAGGAAAAGGAUGGUUCGGCUGCGCCGUUUUGCUCACGAACUAUUUUGAAGAAGACAAUUGACGAGGCGGCUAGGCAGGGACUCGAGUUCACGCUUGGGUUUGAGAUCGAGCUAGUCAUUUUCCGCCGUGGCCAGGACAAGUUCGAACCUCUCGAUGGGGACGGGCAUGCGUGGUCAGUGACACGGGCAAUGGACCAUGAAGUAGUGACAGAGGUUUUGGAAGAUGCUGUCGAGCAACUCGAUGCCAGUGGUAUUUACAUCGAGCUGUUGCAUCCUGAAAGCGCUAAUGGACAAUAUGAAUUUGUCAUGCCCAAGGCACCAGCGCUUGAGGCUGUGGACGCUCUCCUUUUCACGAGAGAUGUCAUCAGUAGCUGUGCUACAGCAAAGGGAUAUCGCAUGACUCUUCACCCCAAGCCAUAUGCCAUGUCAUGCGGAACAGCAGCGCACAUGCACAUGUCUAUCUCGUCGCCCGUUGGAUCCGAUAAAGAGGUGUACGAGCCCUUUUACGCCGGCGUCCUGAAGCAUCUUCGGGCCAUUGUUGCCUUCACAUACAGCAGCAUGGUCAGUUACGAGCGUGUUCUGGACGGUUCAUGGGCCGGUGGAACUUGGGUAGCAUGGGGCACGCAGAACCGCGAAGUACCACUGCGCAAAAUCGAGGAUAGUCACUGGGAGAUAAAGUGCAUCGACGGGCUCGCCAACCCCUACCUGUCACUCGCGGCGAUCCUCUUAGCAGGUACCAAGGGAGUUGCUGACAGGGAGGAGCUGGUUUGGGGAGACUGCUCUAAGGAUCCUGCACUGCUGUCCUCGUCGGAGAGGGAGAAGCUCAACAUGAACACAAGGCUGCCACGGAGCAUAGAAGAGGCGCUCGAUUCCUUGAAAGAAGAUGCGGAGUUGACUGAACUACUUGGGCCAGAAGUAGUGCAGAGAUAUAUCGACGUGAAGAAGGCCGAGACGAGUAUUAUUGAGACGAUGGGAUAUGAAGAGCGGACACAAUGGAUUAUGGAACGAUAUUGA